AUGACGCUAAUAUUGGACGCCCGCAACGGCAACGACUUCGCCACUGGACAGCAAGCAGACGAGCAGCUGGCCCAGGAUCGUCUGCAUGAGCACGGAGAGGGAGACGUUGAGUCAGUAGAGCACAGCCGUGCUGAAGGACCAGAUGCCGAGGAGAGGGAAGAAGAUGAUGGUGAAGAGGAGACUGCUUUCAAAGACGUCGGGAAUCUCGACAAACAAGAUGCUGAGGAAGUACUAAAGAGUGUUGAUCGUUAUCGCGUCGCACUUGCGGCAGUAGACGGCUUGUUCCUGCAGGGUGAAGGGCAGACAAGCAACACACGGCACGUAUCUUUGAUGCAGUGUUGUCAUGAAAAUGAUACUCGCGGCUUAGGUUUAGGCCCUUGGUACGUUGUGUAG